AUGUCAACCAAGAGAAAAUCGCUCUUUGUUGGCCUCCAUUUUUUAGAGUGCACUGUUGAGCUGUUAUCCUCGGAACAUAAAACGCCGAGGAAACAACUCAGGUUGAGCAGGCUCGAUCACAGUCCCAACAGGUUCAGUCACCAUCAAGCCCGUCUGGCAAGGCGACCGAACCCGCGGUCCGCAACCGAGUCCACUCCCACUUUAAAUCAAGAUAUGGAUGACCCGCCGGGUAGAACAGGCAGACGCUUAGGAAACUUCGAUGAAUUAAAUGUGUGGAACGAUUUGCCCCAAGGACAAAGCAAUCACCUGACAAAUCCCACAAGGCGACCAAGACCACAGAACACACCAACACAAUCCAGUGAUGAAAAUAGAUUCUUUAUUCAAUACAACAAUGUACCUAUGGGUGUAGAGCGAGUAGGGGACAGAGUUUUUAUCUCACUUCCGAGAAGGCGAUAUGGUAUACCAGCUACACUAAACUACAUAGACUACAAUGGGAUUAGUGUCAACCGCUCACCGCCUCUAAAGCCUUAUCCGAACAUUCGUGAAGCAGGACAACUUACGUCUGUGUACCGGACAAGAGCCGACAGUUGUAACAGAUUAUGGAUGGUAGACACGGGCAGACUUGAACUACAAGGAACUCAAAGGCAAUUGCGAACGCCAGCGAUUGUAAUCUACGACUUAACUACAGACCGACAAAUAUUAAGAUACGAACUCAAAAGCUCAGAUCUUCCAGCAGAAAAUACACCUACAGGACUCGCUUCUAUUACCGUUGAUAUAAAUGGAAACGACUGCGCAAACGCGUACGCUUACUUGCCAGACCUGACGACCUUCGGCCUGAUAGUCUACUCGCUGAGAGAAAACGAUAGCUGGAGACAUCAGCAUAACUACUUCGCCUUCAAUCCUAUAGCUGGAAACCUAUUUAUUUCUAAUCAAAGGUUCCAGUGGAGCGAUGGUGUGUUCAGCGUUACGUUAGUACCGGGCAGCAACGGCUGUAAGAACGCUUACUUCCACUCGCUGAUCGGCACCCACGAGUUCUCGGUGUCCACUUGUGUGCUCAAAAACAAAACCGCUGUGAACGACCGCAAUUACUUCUCGAUGUACAACGUGCUGGGUGACCGCGGCGACAUGACCCAGUCGACCAUGCACGACUACCACCCGCGCUCGGGCGUCAUAUUCUACGCCGAGAUCGGCCGCGACGCUCUCACCUGCUGGAACACGCGAAACCUGCUCCGCUCCACCAACAUCGCCGUGCUCGCCAGGGAUAACACCAGGCUCAGCUACCCUUCGGUGAGUCGAAGAUAUAACAUACCGGAGUCAGCUACCCCUCAGAUAUCUGUUGACGCUCCACUUGGCUCCUCGGACCACAGCCUUAUUAGGAGUACAGUGUCACUCACGUGCUUGCAACGACCACGUGUUGCACGUAGUCGCCGUGUGCGGCAUUACAAGUCGGCAGACUGGGAUGGGUUGCGGUCCUUUUUUGCAUCCUACCCUUGGAAACGUAUCUGCUUUGCGCCGGAUGAUCCCAACAAUGCCGCCGAGUCUGUUGCUGAUGAACGUCUUCCUUCGGGGACGCGUGCUUUCUGGGCUCUUUCCAAAUCUAUUCAAGGUAAUUUCUGCACGCCUUCAUUUCCACCCUUGCACAAAGACAACUCCUCAUUAGCCUAUGAUGCAAAAGAGAAAGCCUGGCUCUAUGCCAGAUAUCCGGUUUCACCAGAGCUCAGUGCGUCUAGCACUACUCUCCCUCGAUAUCCACAAGUCGAGUGGGCCCGAUGGUAUCCCCUCUAUUAUGCUAAGGACGUGCGCUCCGGAGUUGGCACCGGUCUUAACGCGCUUAUUCCGGCUCUCUUACUCAUCGGGCGUCGUCCCAACCUCAUAGAAGACUGCUUUAGUGCAUCCGAUCCCAAAAAAAGAAGCAUUAAGGUUUUAAUCGCCGGUGAAUGCUCGGACCUACUGUCUAUAAAUGCUGGUGUUCCCCAAGGAUGUGUGCUAUCACCUACACUUUUUCUUCUGCAUAUUAAUGAGAUGCUGCAAAUUAGUGGUAUUCAUUGUUUUGCGGAUGACAGCACGAAGGACUCCACCUAUAACGGUCGUGCUAAUAUUUCUCGGGAAAGCGUCAUUGAGAGCCGGAAUCAACUUGUGUCCGAUAUUGAAUCUUCGUUAGAGGAAGUCUCUAACUGGGCCAAUAUUGAGAUUCACGGUGUCGACAUAUCGAGCGUGGUGCAGUUCCGUGGUCACUUUGAGGGUAAAGCUAAAUUAUCAUCUAAGCAGCUUGGUGUGCCUAAUAGAUCGAGGCAUUAUUUCACUCCGGCGCAUCGCCUGCAGCUUUACAAGGCGCAGGUUCGGCCCCAUAUGGAAUACUGUUCUCAUCUUUGGUCAGGUGCACCCCAAUAUCAGGUUCUCCCUCUAGACCGCAUUCAGCGGAGAGCGAUUCGAAUCGUCGAUUGCCGGGACACUUCAAGUCGACUUGAUCCACUGGCCCUGCGUAGAGAUGUUGCUUCACUGUGCAUCUUCUAUCGCAUCUAUUACGGGGAAUGCUCCGAAGAAUUGUUUGGACUCAUACCUGCCGCUACUUUCCGCCAUCGUUCCACGCGACAAGAAAUCCACGCCCAUCAUCUGAAUGGUUGGAAGUCCUCAACUGUGCGUUUUUCUAUAAGUUUUCUGCCUCGCACAGCCUGGAACAGUUUGUCGCCAGCGGUAUUUCCGGACCGAUACGACCUUCAAACUUUCAAGCAUAGAGCUUAUUCGUCCCUCAAAGGCCGGCAGCGCGUUUGUAGCUCCUCUGGUGUUGCAGGUGUCCAUGGGCAGCGGUAA